AGGACAGGAGGAGGAGGAGGAGGAGGAGGACAGGACGGCGCUCUGCUCCACUCCGCUCUUCUCCGCUCUGCUGUAACCGGGUUUUCUCCCUUUGUUCGGUUCCGGUGGAUGAACGCUGUAAUCACGAGAUGUGGAUGUUCUUCUGGCGGAUACUGUUCCUUCUCCACCUGCUCGUCCUGCAGCCGUGUCACGGGAAAGGGUCUGAGACGGAGUGUGAGGACGGACAGUUUCAGUGCAAGAACAAGAAGUGCAUCCCGACCAUCUGGAGAUGCGACGACGAUGACGACUGCUCCGACAACAGCGAUGAGGAAGACUGCCUGAAAAGCACCUGUGACCCUGCGGAGUUUGCAUGUCAGAAUGGACAGUGUGUGUCCAGCCGCUGGCUCUGUGAUGGAGAACCCGAGUGCUCAGACGGAUCAGACGAGGCCGAGUCCACCUGCACUGUGAAACAGACGUGUCCUCCAGACAAGUUUGACUGCAGAGGGACCUGUGUGUCUCCAGCAUGGAGGUGUGAUGGUGAGAGAGACUGUGAAAGUGGAGCAGAUGAAGAAGACUGCGCCGCAGAUGCUCGCUCCUGCGCUUCCGGAGAGUUCCAGUGCCGUAACCUGAAGUGCAUGUCUCCAGCGUACGUGUGUGACGGCGAUGACGACUGCGGCGACGGGACGGACGAGGAGCAGUGUUCUCCCCCGACGUGCGGCCCGCUGCAGUUCCGCUGUAACAGCUCCGAGUGCGUCCCUCAGCCCUGGACCUGUGAUGGAGAUCCGGACUGCUUUGAUGGAUCAGACGAGUGGGAGGGGCUGUGCGGCAGCGGAGCGGCCCGAACCCUACCCCCGCCCACUCUCAGGCAGGAGUGCAGCGCCGGGAAGUUCCGCUGCGGGAGCGGAGAGUGCAUCAAGCUAGCGUGGAGGUGUGAUAAAGACCCGGACUGCAUGGACAGAUCGGACGAAUCCGACUGCCCUCUCCUGACAUGCCGACCUGAUGAGUUCCAGUGUGGAGAUGGUUCCUGCAUCCACGGCAUCAAACAGUGCAAUAAAGCCUUUGACUGUCUCGACCGAAGUGAUGAAGCUGGCUGUGUUAAUGCCACAAAAUGUGAAGGACCAUUGAAGUUCCUCUGUAGAAAUGGAGAGUGUAUCGAUGGAGCAAAGGUGUGUGAUGACGUCAAGGACUGUAAGGAUCGCUCGGACGAGCCCAAGAGGGAAUGUGGUUUAAACGAAUGCACCAUGAACAACGGAGGCUGUUCUCACAGCUGUGUGGAUCGACCCAUCGGCUAUGAGUGUCAGUGUCCCGCUGGGUACAAACUCCUGGAUAAAAAGACAUGUGGAGACAUCGAUGAGUGUGAGAACCCGGAUUCCUGCAGUCAGAUCUGCAUCAACCUCAAAGGAGACUUCAAGUGCGAGUGUCACCGGGGAUACGAGAUGGACCCAGUGAGCAGAACCUGCAAAGCCGAGGGAAAAAGUCCGUACCUGAUGUUCACUAACCGUCACGAGAUCCGACGCAUCGACCUGCUGAAGCGGGACUACACGCAAGUCGUUCCCACUCAGAAAAACGCCGUGGCCAUCGCCGUGGACGUCGCCGCCAACCGCAUGUUCUGGUGCGACCGCUUCCAUCGAAGGAUCUACAGCGCCUACAUCCAUGAGGCAAGUGACCCAGCCCGUCACAUGACCCUGAUCGACUCUGAGCUGCUCUCCCCUGAGGGUCUGGCUUUAGACUGGGGCCAGCACAACCUCUACUGGACCGACUCGGGUCAUGGCACCAUCUCAGUGGCUUCAUCUGAUGGCAGCAGGAGGCGUGUCCUGAUCCACACUGACCUGAGUGAACCGAGAGCCAUCGCUGUGGCUCCAGAGCAAGGGUUCAUGUUCUGGUCUGAUUGGGGAACGAGGCCUAAGAUCGAGAAGGCGGGGAUGAACGGAGUGGACAGACAGGUUUUAGUGUCUGAGGGCAUUGAGUGGCCCAACGGUAUCACGCUGGAUGUAGUGGGGAAGAGAUUGUACUGGGUGGACUCAAAGCUCCAUCUGAUCUCCAGUGUGGACUAUAACGGAGCUCAGCGCAGAGUGAUCUUGUCCUCCAGCGAGAGACUAGGCCAUCCCUACGCCCUCGCCGUGUUCGAGGAUCGUGUGUACUGGACAGACCGACAGAAGGAGGCCGUGUUCAGUGUGAACAGACUCAGCGGGCAGGAUGUGACCAGCCUCGCCGAACGCCUCAAAGAUCCACACGAUAUAGUGGUGUUCCACGAGCUGAGUCAGCCCCAAGCUGCAGACAGCUGUAACCUGGCCGGUGUGAGAAACGGAGGCUGUGUGUUCCUGUGCCUGCGCGCUCCUCAGAUCAGCGAUCACUCACCCAAAUACACGUGUGCAUGUCCCGAUGGCGAGGAGCUGAGCCCGGACACGCGAGUGUGUGUCCCCGUCCAAAACAUCACGGUCGCCCCGACGUUCCCCAGCUUCCCUCCUACCAGCACCGCGGAUUCAGACCCCGGGAACUCAAACGGCUCACAUGAGGUCAUGACCUUUCAGGAAAAGACCGUUCCUUCAGAGCUUAUACUGAAUAUCACGGUGACGUCCACUCAGAUCCCCAGUGUGCUGCCGAGCACGCCUACAGGAGACACCACCAACCUGUCUCAUCACUCUGGAAACGAGUUGCUUCUCCUUGGACACAGUGUCCCUGUGGCUGUGCUCGGAGUUGGAAUUCCCAUCGUGGGCUUAGUUCUGCUUCUCUCCGCUUCCUGUCUGAUUUAUCGUAACUGGAGACUCAGGAGCACCAAGAGCAUGAACUUCGACAACCCCGUGUACCGUAAGAGCACGGGCGAGACCGAGGAGGACGAGAUCCACAUCGGGAGGAGCGAGGGCCUCGCCCCGCACCACCACCCUUACCCCGUGCCUGUGGUCGGCACGGCGACCACGCGUCCGCCGUUCAUCGCUCUGCCUAUGGGGUCCGGCGCCGUUACGGACUCUGUCCCGCACUGGUACACGGAGCCGCCCACCAUCAGCGCCACCAAGUGAACGCCGGUGACGACUCCGCACGAGAGCCGGGGUUUCCAUAGGAACAGUGUGUCAUGAGACACGGAGCUGAGGCAUGAGUGUCAAACGUGUGUAGGCAGCCAGAUCGUGUGUAGCAGGGGUGUGGGGUGUGUCUCCAACGAGCCCACGUGUGAAUGAUGAGCAGCAAUGUAAAGAUACGAUUAGGUGCUGUGCUGUAGGGAUGCUGUAGCUCCGCCCCCUUUACUCAGGAGACACGGAGACAGAGAUCUGAAGGAAUUAGAACACCGAUUAUUUCAUUGAAUCAGUCAGUAAUUAGUCCUAUAGAUUUUCAGUCCAUUUCCUUUCAACAUCAAAGUGAAAACUUUUACAAAAUUCGUAAAUGUAACAUUUACUGCUGCAGGACCCCUAACCCUUAACUCUAACCCUAACCCCUAACCCUAAACCUUAACGCUAACCCUAACCCCUAACCCCUAACCUUUA